AUGGCUCCCUGGACGCUGCUGGCGCUCGUGUGGACUGCCGCGUGGGCGGUCGUCGGAUACGGAUACGAUGACAUAUUCGCAUCGAUUCCGCUUACGCCUGACGGCAUGACGGCCCGGUACUUGAUGCCCGAUCUUGUGCCGGGCGUGCCGUUGGCAAAGAGAGAUGGCAGCUGCGGCGACGGACGACACCCAUGUCUUGAUACCCAUCACAGCGACCGUUGCUGCGAGAACACGCAGUACUGCUACGUCAACAGGGUUGGUCUCCCGCGCUGCUGUCCAAUCGGCUCCAACUGCAUCAACGACUCCAGCUGCCAGAGCACAGCCUACCAGUGCACGACCGACAUCACGAUCACGACGACGGCAGCCGGCGGCACUGUUGGCCCACUUGUCCUGUCAUCCCAGGUCGGCUGCUGCAGCCGCCGGUGCCCGCGGACGAGCCAAUAUCUGUGUGCCGACGACCUCGGCGGCAAGUGCUGCCCCUACGGCGCCGAGUGCAGAUCCGACGGCAACUGCGUUUCGACAAGGACGGCAUCGACCUCGGUACCGGCCAAGUUGACGCCCGUCCCCGACGGCUGCACCACCUCGCAGCACAAGUGCGCCGAUGGCACCGGCUGCUGCGACCUGUCGAUGCACUGCACCGAAGUCACGGGCACCGCCUACUGCGCACCCACCGACGCUCAUGCCGACAACGCCGCCCGCGAUGGAGACACCAGGGCCAGUGUCGGUGUCGCCAUCGGCGUCGGCGUCGGUCUAGGGGGCGGGCUGUCUGUCGGUGCCGCCGCCUGGCUCUGCCUGGCCCGGCGAAGGAAGCGUCGACGUCGAGCGAGCAAGACGGCGUCACUUCCGAUGGCACCACCAGGGGAGCGAGGGGCGGAUCCGUCGUUGGAAAUGGCAGAGCUCUCGGAAGCGGCCGCGUCACCCUCGUCGCCGCUGGAUCGAUCACUCACGGAGCCGCUGAGCGCCAUGUCUGGACUCUCGCCGGAGUUCCACUCGGCCGGCCCGGCGGCGACUCCAGGUCCUCGCUGGGCGGGCGCGGUAUCACCAGCGCCGCUAGGGGUCAACGCCGUCGCAGCGCCCGUCGUGAUGGACUUGACGACGACGACGACGACGAGCCAGGCAGCACAGGUGACACCGGAGACGAUAGAAGGACGAUUCGAACUCUACGGCUGCUCGCCAGCUCACUCAUCUCCAUAG